GUGCUUCGAACAUGUCACUGUGUCGGAUCUACAACCUGCAAGGUCAUCUGCGUGCAGUGGGCAAAUCCCUCGGCAGCGGCCCAUACCUUGGCAAGAAGACCCUCAACGCAAUACCCACGGUGCCCCAGCUAAGGGUGCUUAGUUCCACUUCGCUGGUUCGCGAUAAGCAAACAACGGUUACGGCGGCCAAACCCGUUCAGAAGCAGCAUGAUUGGAAUCGAGCCGUCAGCGAGGCGGAAAAGAUUGUCGGAUAUCCGACGUCGUUCCUGAGCUUGCGGUGGCUUCUGAGCGACGAAAUCGCCAAUGUGGCACUGCACCUGCGGAAGCUGGUCGGCAGCAAUCAUCCGCUGCUCAAGACGGCCAAAGUCCUCAUCUACAAUGGCAAAAACAACAUGCAGGCGUGGGGCUUAAUCGUGCUGCUGAUCUCGAAAGCCGCUGGCCACGCGCCCUCGAUCCCGGAUCUGGAACAGGACAAAAGUGCCGGGGUACUGCAUUCACAGCGUGCCUUGGCUGAAGUAACGGAGAUGAUCCGUACCUCUCAUUUGGUCCAUCAGGGUCUGGUGAAUCUGCAACCGUUGGCCAAUGCCGGAAAUGAACUGAGCGGCGAGAGUGAGAUGAUUUUCGGGAAUAAGAUUGCUUUGCUGAGUGGCGAUUAUCUGCUGGGAAAUGCUUGUUUGCAGCUGGCCGGGUUGAGAAAUCAGGAACUGAUUGAACUGAUUGCAUCGGCUUUGAGGGAUUUGGCCGAGUCUAAUUUUAUUGGGGAUCGUGAUCAGCAGAACAAUCCGCUGCCAUCGCAACCGAUCCAGAGGAAGGAACGAGUCGACGAGCAGUUGGAUUGUACUGAUUUGGGUUUCGGAGAUUUGGAGGACAAUAUUCAACCGAUGAGAAUUCAGGACGUUUUGGGGAAUCCGGAGAAGGAAUGGUCGUUGCGUCACAUUUUGGGUGCCGGAAGUUUGCUAGGGAAGAGUUGCCAGGGGGCACUGAUUUUGGCUGGACAACCGGUGAAACUGCAGAAACAAGGAUACCUCUUCGGGAAACAUCUUUCGUUGGCCUGGCAAGCUUGCAUCGAUCUGGAACCGUUUACUAGCCCUAAACUUCCUCCAGGAACACGCUUCAGCUUAAUUUCGGCUCCGGUUUUAUUUCAUCUGGAACACGAUCACAGUCUGUACGAAGAGAUCAAGGAGGGACGCGAAUCGGUCGACAACAUCGACUACGUCAAGCUGCACAGUGUAAUCAUGAAGGGACCAGGUCCGGAGAAAACUAGGAAACUGCAGAAGAAGCACAGUUUGGCUGCCAUGGCAGUGCUCAACGAACUGGCCCCGUCCGAUGCGCGAACAGCUCUGCAGAAUAUAAUCCUAGCCAUGCAGGAUUUGUGAAAUAACGCCACGUUAAUUCAAGAACUGCUACUGAUGAUGGACCAAGACGACGAUUGGAGUUGAACUAAGAAGAUGCUCUAGUUUUCUUUUGCGAUUCGAGUUAAGAAAAUGUGAGGGUCGGUCGGAGGAAUAUUAAAAAUUGAGUACCAUUCCGUCCAGUGAGAAAUUUUUGUUAGAACAAAGACACCUGCUAGACAAGGUGACGAUAAAUCGAUAAAAUUGAACCUGAGAAUGUAUGCGAUAGUUUUAGGCAAUCUACUCCGAAAAGAACAAAUGACUAGCUUGUAAGUGGUGAUUGUGUUUGACCUAUGUUUCUGCAAUAUAUUUAAAUCUGUUGAUCUAUUUUC